GUGUGUGUGUGUGUGUGUGUGUGUGUGUGUGUGCGUGCGUGUGUGAAAUCUGAAUCAGGCUGUGCUGAGUCGGCUCCAACUCUGGGUUCGCGGCUGAAGGCCAGUGGGUCCGUUUGUGGUUCUGAGAGCUUUACAGAACAGCUGAGCAUCCCACCUUCAGCCCGUUUGGCUCUAUUUAUAUCUGAGUUUGUGUGUCGAUGCUGAGCCGCUAGCCUGCUCUUUGUGUUUGAAUUGUCUCUCCGUGGGGAGUUUUUGUGUUAUAGGUUCUGGUUCCGUCUCGUUGGCGGCCCGGUAACCACCAUAUCAGAACAGCUGUGAGUGCGUGUGUUCCACUUGAUGCGUGAGCCGCUCCUGGCUUCUCAGAAACCAGAACAGACAGCUGCAACCUGCCUGGAGGUGUCUGGUUUUAGAUGGAUAAGUCUGCCUUCUUCCAGUUUAUUAUUACUCUUAUUAAAUGUGAUUAAUCCCAGAUUACAAAUGUCUAACGUGACAUUUUCACGUUUCUUAUCAGCCACAGGAGCAGACGAAUAUUUCACCUUUAUGUUUCUGAUUGCAACCAUCCAAAGCAACACAAAUACUGAGCAGAGCCGUCCACACACACACACACACCCUCUCUAGGGUGAAUAUUUAUAAGUAAUAAAAGCUUUAUUUGCAGACCAAAGCUACAGUAAUUCCUUUAAAGCUAUAGUUUCAUUUAAAAAAAUAACAUUUAUUUAGACGGGCACAACACUGGGUUUAUGUUUACAUCUACCAGCCACUAGAGGGCACCAUUGCAGGUUGCCAAACAGUCCCCUGGGCUCAGCAAGGCUGGUACUGUGGAAAAUGGCUGACUCGUCUGCUUCUGAGCUGAGAAGAUGUUACUCUUCUCAGAAGAGGAGCGACCAUAAAAGAUCUAAAACCAGAGUGAGUUUAGGUGAAGCCUACAGCUGAUGGACCCAGAUAAAACGUUUCACGUAUCGGCAGUGAACCUGGUGUCCUGCCAGCUGGAACCGUGUUCUGGUGUUGCAGCUACAACCUCCACUCACUAGAUGUCGCUGUGGUGUUCAUGUUCCACCUUCAAUGAAUGUUUUUUAUUACUGAUGAGAUCAGGGAUUCAAGAAGAAUAAAACACCCAAAAGCGGAAGUUCCUAUGUGGAAGGUAACAGCAAUCCCUGGUGGUCAGGAUUAAAAACACAGUCGUCAGAAAUAUUCCUUUGGACAGACACACACACACGCACGCACGCACGCACGCACGCACACACACACACACACACACACACACACCUGUAUUUGUAUCCUUGUGUGGACCCAUUCAUUUUAGUGACUCCACUAAACCAACCAUAACUAACCUAAACACCAAACCUCUAAAACCACGUAGUAGGUUUGUCUGCUCUGUGUGGACCAGCCAUGUCCCCACCAGGUGGAAAUGUCCACACACUACAGAUUAAAGUCAACAUGUGUCCAUAGGGCUGAGCGAUAAAUCGAAAAUGUAUCGUUCUCGGAAAUCUGACUUUUAUCAAGAUAAUCUUUCCCAUGCCAAUAAAUUUGGUAAUACAAAAGGAAAAGAUGUGUGUAGGCUGGCAGCGUUCGUGUCCCUUUAAGAAGCUGUACCACCUUGAGUCACGUGAAAAUGUGCCUCAACUUAAUACCAUCGACCCGGUCGAACUAGCUACAAGCUAAUCCUGGCUAACCCAAAGCUAACGCGGAGGUGGAGCUAAGCUAACGGAGGUAGCAACCUAGCUACAACCGGAGUUAACUGUGCACAACACCAGAGCUUCUGAGUCAGAGAUACGCCGGGCUGACCGCUGGGGAGAACCGGGUGGGGAGAAAUUAUGACACGUCUCUAAAUAAAGUAAAAUUUUCCAGUGCAGAUUGGAGACGACCCAUAGAAGCACUGAUUUGAUCUCAUUUCAGAGAAAAAUAGAAAAGGUUAGAUGCACCUAAUAAAUAAAAUCACUAACAAACUCAGGAAUCUCUCUUUGCUUCACUGUUCUGGUGCUGAGAACAUCACUAAUGCGGAUCAAAGGAGAUGCACAGAUGAAUGCACCUCUUAUUUAUAAUUUGGAGACUACAUUUACUGCAGCUGGCAGAGGCAGAGAUUGUUUCUAUUGAUACACGGAUUUACAGAAUCAUUUUAAAUGUUAAUAGGGGAAGACUGCAGGAGGGAGCGGUAAAAUACAGGGGGUCCCCAGCAAAAACAAGAACCUACAAGUCUGAUGAAACCUGCUGGUUUUCCAUCAGGCAGUCACGGGGCAGCUCCAACGACCCAGUGGCUGUGCUGGGUCAAUGUUAUCGAGCUCAGUCCGGCUCGGCUGUGAACGAGCCGAGGCGACGUCGUGCUCUGCUUAAGAAGAAGUGUUAUUUUCCCGCUUCAGAAGAAGCGUUUAACGUGUUUUUACGCUUUCUCCGACACAUGUCACGUCGCUAAGUUGUUAGCGCCGCGCGAUAACACGUCAAUAGUGCAGCGUAGCCUGCUGGAGGUUUUAAGGGUUCAGAUGAAACACCCGACCUCUCAGGCUGCUCACGCAUCGAUCUUAAGUUGUCGCUGUUGCGCUCACGCCGUAAUACAGUAUUAGAUGCGGUUAAAGUCAGACAUGAAAGAAUAAAUACAUUUUACAUGAAUAAGUGAUGCUUAGCCUGGUGGGGGGAGGAGAACCUGGCCUAAUAAGCACUGGAGGAAACCCUGUCAAGAUCGUCAACACUCAUUUAUCUUACUGCUAUUGAAACAUGUAAACCACAAAGCAUUAUAUCCACUGCUACCUUUCUAAUUUUAGACUCAGUAACUUAUGCUGUAACUUCACCUUGGCCUGCCUGCCGGCUGUGAUCACAAGCGACAACAUAGUAGUUCCCGCUGCUUCUUCGGGAAACAGCGCAAAAAAAAAAAAACGAUCUUGUAUGCGCGGCGGUGGGAUUUCAGCUGUGGCGGGCCGCCACGGCUACGCCUAUGUAAGGGAAACCCUGUAAUUUUACUUACCGAAAAAAAAUGAAGUGGAGACUCCUUGGACGCUCUAUUAGUGCAAUUAAUGCCACAGCAAGUCAUUUUGUCCAACAAUUGCACAAAUAAUAUCCAACAAAGAAUACACACACAGAGACUCAGAAUCCCGGAGCAGUUUCCAGGCCAGACCGAGGCUCUACUGAGGCCUUUCCAUGGAGCUAGCUCUGUGGUCACGUGGGUCUGAUGCUCAUUAAUUAUACAGAAUUUUAGGCUUUUAAUACACUUAAACAGAAGAGUGAGAAAAACAUUCACCCCCCUCAGAGUUGUCAUGAGUGUAAACUAGAUCAUUUAAACCAAAAACAUGUUCUGGUACCAGGCUGUAAACAUGUUUAUUUCUGCUGUGAAAUUGGUAUUUUUAACAUGGGAGUCAAUGAGGAUUUGCUCGCUUCUGACACCAGCCCCUAGUGGAUGAGGGUGGAACUGCAAUUUAUUUCAUUUCCGGGUUUGCCUCAAUUUUCGAGCUGUGUUGUGGGGGCUUGCGUAAUACACGUGACAGCCCCCUCUAGUGGACAGCUGUUGUUUCUGCGCAUACCUGUAGUUAUCAUCCGUUUAUCGUUAUCGAGGUGAAAUCCUCCAUAUAUAGUGAUAUUGAUUUUAAGCCAUAUCGCCCAGUCCUAACCUGACCACACACACUCAGUUCCCACUCAGACUGGUUUUACUAGAACUGGAAGAGGGAGGGGGUGUUACCCAAAGAAGGUGCUCUGUUCCUGAGGAUGGGCUGGCAGGAGAGACAGAACAAGAACCAGGAACCGGACCGAGGCCAGCUCCACUUCAGUCCGGGAUCUGAUGGAUCUGGAAUCGUCUGUCUGAGUGUUGGAUUGUUUUAUCCAGUCGAGGGAUUUAGUGUGUGUGUGUCAGGGUGUCCGCGGGGUUUUAAAAAGUAUUAAAAAGUGAUAAAUAAAAAUAGUCAAAUUUAAGGCCAUUAAAAGUGUUAAAUUUGGUCUCAGAGGUAUUAUUUUUUCCAAAUUAGGUAUUAUUUUUUUUCAGACUAUCAGAUGUCGUAUUCUGAACAUCGACAUAGAAAUAUAUUCCGAAUGAAAUGUUUUGAACGAUUAUAAAAACAAAACAAGCCGAUUAUUUGCUCCUCCCACUUGCGCUGUCUUGAGUUGCAAAUGAAGCGCUCCUCCCAGUGUUGCCAAGUUAACUUGGCGACUUUGACGCUAUUUCUAACAGCUUCUCAGACCCCCUUCUUGACUUUUUAAAUCUUAAAAGUACCUAGCGAACACCUCAGAAACAUCUCUGGUAACCCUUAGCUACUUUCUGGAUAACUGUCGUCGACAUUUCCUGCAGGUUAGCUAAACACUCCGCCUGCGCUCCGGACCGUUCUUCAGGACAUUAGGAAAGGGAAUGAUGUAGUGAUGUGUCAGUCGCUAAAGAAACGGCUCUCGGAGCCGGCUCCCUGUUGGAGUAACCAGAGUGAGUGACACACACCGUACCUGCGGACUCCUGAGCCGCUAAAAACGGCUAAAUGUGCGCGUGCGGCGUGCUAAACACACGUGCAGCUUGCCACUGAUUGCUGUGAGACCGGGUUGGGGGGUGGGGGUGCAGCUGUGAUUGGGACAAUUAUUACAUUAACUGAUGGACUUGUAAAUAAAUAGUUUAUAAAUAAGUUAGAAAUAAGUUCCUCACGCUGAUAAAUAAUAACUAAUCUCUCUGAGGACAUGGUGCUAGUGCACUCUCCUACAGCACCUUGACACGACUCAAUAAAUGUUAUGCAACAUUUAGUGAACAGCAAUUUGCAUGUAUUUGUUAUAAAUGCCACUGUAUAAUUCUUGCUGUCAGUAUUUGCAAGAUAUUGGUAUUUGGGUCUGUACUGGUUAGACUUAAAUGAGUUAAACCAAGGUCUACAGCCCUUGGGUCAUAAACUAUGAGCUAUAAGUAUAUUGGUCUUUUUAUACUGGGAAUCAGGAGUUAUUUUAGUGAUCAUCUUGUUUCUUGUUUAUUUUUGCCCUGAUUGUGCCCUGAGCAGUUUUAUGACUGAAUAAAAAUAAAAAAAUAAAAAUCUACAUAAAUUGAAAAAUCGUCUUAAAUAAUCGAGAACUCAAUUUCAGUCACAAUAAUCGUGAUUAUUGUUUUCGCCAUAUUCGAGCAGCCCUACUUUAGCAUAUCCGGUCACAUAAUGAUGACGUCAUAUUCAGUGGUCGUUGUGCAUCAUUUCAGGCCUUGUGGUCAACUGUCUGAACUGCUGAAAAGAAGUGCCUGGCUUAUUUUCUAAGUAAAAUAAAUAUGUGCAAUAUGUUGUCAACAUCAGUGAGUCUCUAAGUCUAUUCUUUUUGUAUGUUAUAUAUGUUAAAAUAUGUGUAAAUAGGUCGCUGAUUAACACUUGCAAUUUAGUGUUGUGAUGGUUUCAAAAAAAUUCUGAAGGUAGUAAAAAAAAGUAUUAAAAAGUAGUAAAUUUUACUUAAGGAUUGCUGUAUAUACCCUGGUGUGUGUGUGUGUGUGUGUGUGUGUGUGUGUGUGUGUGUGUGUGUGUGUGAGUGAGAACUUUCCAUUUUACCGGUCGAGUCUUUUCUGUUUGUCAUUGUUUGUGGUUCGACAGACUGAGAAUACCAGACAUAUCUGAGUGUGUGUAGAGAUAAGGCUGAUGACAUCACACACACGCUCCAUGCCAUUUCUGACUCACAGCAGCACCAUGACCCAAAAGAGUUCUGUUGGGAAAGACAGAUGAGCGGAUGGAUUAUUACAGAUUACACCUCAGCCUUUUGUCCUAGAACAGGAGAUGAAGAGGAGGAAGGAGCGUUCAGGAGCCACUCACCUUCGUCUCCACUGUCGGGCGAGCAACAGGAAGAGUUUGAUUGUGACGUCGAGCACCUCCCCCACCCUUCCUCGACCUCAUUCCCCUCUACACGGGCACACAGGAACCAGCCCGUUGGACAGUCCCAGGAACUUUUCUCCAAACACGGCUGCGCACUUCUCCUUCAUUCCUGCACGCAGCCACGGACACCGGAGUGACAGGACGGAUGGCCGCCGCUGGUCUCUGGCCUCGCUGCCUUCCUCUGGGUAUGGAACCAACACCCCCAGCUCCACCGUCUCGUCCUCCUGUUCAUCCCAGGAGAAACUGCACCAGCUGCCCUUCCAGCCCACGCCGGACGAGCUGUGCUUCCUCACCAAACACUUCAGCUCGGAGAGCAUCACGGAGCAGGACGGCCGCCACUCUCCCGCCAUGAGACCGCGCUCCCGCAGCCUCAGCCCUGGACGCUCGCCUGUCUCCUUUGACCAUGAGAUCAUGAUGAUGAACCAUGUCUACAAGGAGCGCUUCCCCAAGGCGACGGCUCAGAUGGAGGAGCGUCUGGCUGACCUGCUCGCCUCCUCAGCCCCAGAAAAGGUCCGCCCACUAGCCGACGGGGUCCUGAGCUUCAUUCACCACCAGCUGAUCGAGCUGUCCAGAGACUGCCUGGAGAAAAGCAGAGAAGACCUCAUCACCUCCCGCUACUUCUACGAGCUGCAGGAGAACCUGGAGAAGCUGCUGCAGGAUGCUCACGAACGUUCAGGGAGCGCUGAAGUGACGUUUGUGACUCAGCUGGUGAAGAAGCUGAUGAUCAUCAUCGCCCGUCCAGCUCGUCUCCUGGAGUGUCUGGAGUUUGACCCGGAGGAGUUUUACCACCUGCUGGAAGCGGCUGAGGGCCAUGCCAAGGAAGGUCAGGGCAUCAAGUGUGACAUCCCGCGGUACAUCAUCAGCCAGCUGGGGCUCACCAGAGACCCGCUGGAGGAAAUGACCCAGCUGAGCAGUUACGACAGCGGGAACCCGGAAACGCCUGAGACAGACGAUUCAGUCGACAGUCAGAGCACCACCGUCCCUCCCUCGCCUCCACAGACCAAGACCAGAACUCCUCGAGAAGAGGACUUUGAGACCAUCAAGCUCAUCAGCAACGGCGCCUACGGAGCGGUUUAUCUGGUCCGUCACAAAGAAACCAGGCAGCGAUUCGCCAUGAAGAAGAUCAACAAGCAGAACUUGAUCCUGAGGAAUCAGGUCCAGCAGGCCUUCGUAGAGCGAGACAUCCUGACCUUCGCCGAGAAUCCGUUUGUUGUUUCCAUGUUCUGUUCCUUUGAGACCAGGAGGCAUCUGUGCAUGGUGAUGGAGUACGUGGAGGGUGGAGACUGCGCCACGCUGCUGAAGAACAUCAAAGCGCUGCCGGUGGACAUGGCUCGGCUGUACUUCGCCGAGACCGUCCUCGCGUUGGAGUAUCUCCACAACUACGGCAUCGUGCACCGAGACCUCAAACCUGACAAUCUUCUCAUCACGUCCAUGGGACACAUCAAGCUGACGGACUUUGGCCUGUCUAAGAUCGGACUCAUGAGUCUCACCACAAACCUGUACGAAGGCCACAUUGAGAAGGAUGCCCGGGAGUUCCUGGAUAAACAGGUGUGUGGCACUCCGGAGUACAUCGCCCCAGAGGUGAUUCUGCGUCAGGGCUACGGAAAGCCGGUGGACUGGUGGGCCAUGGGGGUCAUCCUGUACGAGUUCCUGGUGGGCUGCGCUCCCUUCUUUGGAGACACAACGGAGGAACUGUUUGGUCAGGUGAUCAGUGAUGAGAUCGUCUGGCCGGAGGGAGACGAAGUUCUUCCUCAGGAUGCUCAGGACCUCAUCUCCAAGUUGCUGCGGCAGAAUCCUCUGGAACGACUUGGCACAGGAGGUGCGUUUGAGGUGAAGCAGCACUCGUUCUUCACAGACCUGGACUGGACCGGCCUGCUGAGACAGAAAGCCGAGUUCAUCCCUCAGCUGGAGUCUGAAGAGGACACCAGUUACUUCGACACGCGUUCGGACCGGUACCACCACGUGGAUUCAGAGGACGAAGAAGACACCAACGAUGAAGAGCACGUGGAGAUACGACAGUUCUCAUCCUGUUCCCCUCGAUUCAGCAAGGUGUACAGCAGCAUGGAGCGUCUCUCUCUGCAUGAGGAGAAGAGGAGAACUCCUCCCACCAAGCGGAGCCUCAGUGAGGAGGGCGGAGAUCGCAUCGACAGCCUGAGUGGACUCAGGUCCAGAGACCGGUCCUGGCUGGUGGGCUCUCCGGAGAUUCUGAGGAAACGGCUGUCCGUCUCUGAGUCCUCCCACACGGAGAGCGACUCCAGUCCUCCUCUGACUGUCAGGAGGCGCUGCUGCUCCGCCAUCAUCGAGAUGCCUCGCUUCGCCAUCUCCUCUGAGGAGGACGGCAUUCCAGGUACCAUCAGCAGCCUGAAGACUCCCAGUCUGGUGAGAGGUCCCCGGUGUGAGGACCUGCCGCUGUCCAUCCCAGAGCUCCCAGUGGAGAGGGAGCUGAAACUGGACGAGUCACCUACCACACCCACCUCCACCUGCAGCCAGCAGAGCAAGACCACACUGACCCCGGGCAGCUCAGGUGACGUCUGCGAACGCGUCAGCAGCAGCGCUGGAGGCGGAGCCACCAAACUGGCAGCAAAUAGUGAUUUUUCAUCCACUCCAAAGGCGAUCAGUGACCUAGCAGUUCGCAGGGCUCGCCAUCGCCUGCUGUCUGGAGACUCGGAGAAGCACGCCACCUCCAGCUCCAGGCCGCUAAACAAAGUCAUCAAGUCGGCCUCAGCCACCACGCUGUCCCUGAUGAUCCCUGCAGAUCACCAUGGAGCCUCCCCAUUGGCCAGCCCCAUGUCUCCCCGCUCACUGUCUUCCAACCCAUCAUCCCGGGACUCGUCUCCGAGCCGAGAUCUGUCUCCUGUGGUGACCAACGUCAAACCUGCCAUUGUCAUCCACCGAGUAGGGAAGAAGUACGGUUUCACCCUAAGAGCCAUCCGGGUCUACAUGGGAGACACGGACAUCUACACGGUGCACCACAUGGUUUGGCAUGUGGAAGACCGAGGUCCAGCUCACGAGGCAGGGCUUAGGGAGGGAGACCUGAUCACCCACGUCAACGGAGAGCCAGUCCAUGGUCUGGUCCACACCGAGGUGGUGGAGCUCAUCCUGAAGAGCGGAGCCAAAGUGUCCAUCUCAGCCACGCCUUUUGAAAACACCUCCAUCAAAGUUGGUCCUGCCCGCAAGACGAGCCACAAGUCCAAGAUGGCGAGACGCAACAAGAAGUCGAGGAACAAGGAGGGACAGGACAGCAAGAAGAGGACGUCCCUCUUCAGGAGGAUCACCAAGCAGGCGUCCCUCCUGCACACCAGUCGCAGUCUGUCCUCGUUAAACCGCUCCCUCUCGUCGGGGGAGAGCGGCGCUGGGUCACCGACUCACAACCUGUCGCCCCGAAGCCCGACACAGGGCUGCAGGACCACUCCAGACUCCGCCCACUCAGCUGGAGGGAACUCGUCCCAGAGCAGCUCCCCCAGCUCCAGCGUUCCCAACUCCCCGGCGAGCUCCGGCCAUAUCCGGCCCAGUUCCCUGCACGGCCUCGCCCCAAAACUCCAGCGCCAGUACCGCUCCCCACGUCGCAAGUCUGCUGGAAACAUCCCACUCUCCCCGCUGGCCCGCACGCCGUCCCCCACACCUCAGAGCAGCUCCCCACAGCGCUCCCCAUCACCACUCCCCAGUCACGCUCUGGCCCAGGCCUUCCCCGUCAAGCUCCACUCUUCCCCCCCUCUGGCGAGACAGAUCUCCAGACCCAAGAGCGCAGAGCCUCCACGCUCGCCGCUCCUCAAGAGGGUCCAGUCAGCGGAGAAACUGGCUUCCAGUCUCUCUGGCUCCUCCUCGCCUCCUGCCGGGGUGGGAGGUGCAGCGGGGGCCGCCGGAGGGAGUCGCAAACACAGUUUGGAUGUCUCCCAUUCAGACUUUAAGAAGGAGAUCCUGCAGAGAGAGCCGAGCCUACAGAGUCUCCAGGAGUCGACCAGCGACGGUCUGAUGUCUACCGUGCGCACCCCCUCCUCCAGGAAGCUGGGACGUCAGGAAGGAGACGGCGCUCUCGGCUCUGUGUCCGGGUCCCUGGGCCUGGCUCCCGGGAAGAGCAAACUAAAAGACAAGCUGUCUGCGAUCCGACAGGACCGGGCGGAGCGCCGGGAGUCGCUGCAGAAGCAAGACGCCAUCCAUGAGGUGGACUCUUCUGAGGACGAGACUGACGAGGGAUCAGAGGACAGCCAAGAUGGACUCAGGGGGACCACCUUCAUCCCCCCUCCCCUUCUGAGACCCACCACAGUGAGGACGGGUCCUGGGGGCACGCUGCCCUCCCUCUGCCUCUCCCCCUCCACCCCCCAUGCCACCUUCUCCCACACAGGGCCUUCUCAGGUCACCGUGGCAGCACCCCCCCACACGGACCCAAGGACUGGAGGGCCACCCCCCCACACCGAAGACAGAGACAGACAGCAGGGGAAGGUUCCAGAACCGAGCACUAAACCCCCCCAGAGUCUCCUCCCCUUCUCCACCCCAGGCAGCGCCUUCAUCUCCGUCUGCAAGGACACCUUCCUCAAACCAACCCCCCCACCGGCCAAGGUGGCCCCAUCACGGUCCGCAGCAGGUGAGUCGGACUGCCCCAAAACCACUGCCCCCCCGACACCAAGCUCUUCUACUCAUAUGGACAGAACCGCAGAGGCCCGGGAGCCCCCCCGCACCUCCUGCUCCUCCCCAGGUAUCCCCAAAGAGAAGAAGGAGGCCGACAACCGGAGGCUGUGUGCUGCUGCAAGUCAGAACUCCUCGUCAGCCCCUGGCUCCUCCUCGUCAGCCCCUGGCCCCUCCUCCUCGUCAGCCCCUGGCUCCUCCUCGUCAGCCCCUGGCUCCUCCUCAUUAGGACCUGGCCCCUCCUCUGUAGCCCCUGGCUCCUCCUCGUCAGCCCCUGGCCCCUCCUCCUCGUCAGCCCCUGGCUCCUCCUCAUUAGGACCUGGCCCCUCCUCUGUAGCCCCUGGCUCCUCCUCGUCAGCCCCUGGCCCCUCCUCCUCGUCAGCCCCUGGCCCCUCCUCCUCAGGCCCGCUGGCUCCACCCAGUGGGAGUGGCAUGGACAGGGUGGUGUCCCAGCUGGCUACCGUAGCAAAGAGCGUUCCUGGUCCAGUGAAACUUGGUACAAAGGAACAGAAACGACCUGAAGAAGCCACGCCCCCUGACCCCUGCCUUCCCAAACAGGUGUCUCCCCCCCAGUCCCCCCACUCGUCUUUGAGCAGACAGAAAACUGAUCACACGCCCUCUGUGAUCAGGUCCGCCCCCCAAUCAGAACCCCAGUCAGCCCCACCCAAGAUGGCUGCAGCAUCGGAGCCCCAGAGGUCUGACCGCCAGUCGACAGCUGCCACGCCCGCCAGCACUGUGUCCAUGUCGGCCAAGAAGAAGACAUAGCAUCAGAGAGUGGCUGGUUUCCUCCCACUCACUGCAUGUUUGGAUCAGAACCGGUCCUCGGAUGGGACUCCAGAUGUUAGAUAGGUGUGGAGGUGGUAGCUCCAUUCCAGAUGUAUUCGUGUUUGCAUCGUUUCAACUCCACUUCCUGCUUUAGUCCAAACGGCCCACGCGGCUGCAAAUCAGAACCACAGAAACCCAGUUCCUCCUGAUGACCCAGAUUCUAGUGGAGUGGCAUCAUCAUAGGUUAUAAAACCCGGGCAGAACCUCUCUAGAACCCGUCUACAGUUCCUCUGUUUAGGUUCUGUGUGAAAGUAGAGAAACGAGAGACGACUUUAGGACUUGGUCACUGUUACGGGUUCUGACCCGUGUGACCCGGUCCGUCUCCUGGGUGUGAUGGCGUUGGAGAUCUUGUGUUCGUCUGAGGACACACCGGAUCAGGAAUCUCCAUCAGGAAAUCUGAAGGAACCUAAAAGCAGAGCUUGCAAUGGGGCGGGGCUAUGUUAGGAUUGACAGGAAGUCACUGGACAAAAGGGCGGGGCCUCUGUCAGCUUUAAUUCCUGAAACUUUCCUUUAGUGAAGUUCCCAGCAGCCGUUUCUCUCCGAUCCGUUCCUUCUCUGGGUUUUGGAAACUAACGGAACGUCUGAUCCAAACGAAUCAGCUGAUUUAGGACCAGCCUGUCAGGUUGUGUGUGUUCAUGCGUGUGUGUUCAUGUGUGUGUGUGUGUAUACGUCUGCGUGUACGUACGUGUGUGUGUGUGUGUUUACGUAUGUGUGUGUGUGUGUGUUUACGUAUGUGUGUGUGUGUGUGUUUACGUAUGUGUGUGUGUGUGUGUGUGUGUACGUACAUGUGUGUGUCUGCGUGUACGUACGUAUGUGUGUGUGUGUGUGUGUGUGUGUGUGUGUGUGUGUGUGUGUGUGUGUGUGUUUACGUGUGUGUGUGUGUGUUUACGUGUGUGUGUGUGUGUGUGUGUGUGUGUGUGUGUGUGUGUGUGUGUGUGUGUGUGUGUGUGUGUGUGUGUGUUUACGUGUGUGUGUGUGUGUUUACGUGUGUGUGUGUGUGUUUACGUGUGUGUGUGUGUGUGUGUGUGUGUGUGUGUGUACGUACAUGUGUGUGUCUGCGUGUACGUACGUAUGUGUGUGUGUGUGUGUGUGUGUGUGUGUGUGUGUGUGUGUGUGUGUGUACGUACAUGUGUGUGUCUGCGUGUACGUACGUAUGUGUGUGUGUGUGUGUGUGUGUGUGUGUGUUUACGUGUGUGUGUGUGUGUUUACGUGUGUGUGUGUGUGUGUGUGUGUGUGUGUGUGUGUGUGUACGUACGUAUGUGUGUGUGUUUACGUGUGUGUGUGUGUGUUUACGUGUGUGUGUGUGUGUGUGUGUGUGUGUGUGUGUGUGUUUACGUGUGUGUGUGUGUGUGUGUGUGUGUGUGUGUGUUUACGUGUGUGUGUGUGUGUGUGUGUUUACGUGUGUGUGUGUGUGUGUGUGUGUGUGUGUGUGUGUGUGUGUGUGUGUGUGUGUGUGUGUGUGUGUGUGUGUUUACGUGUGUGUGUGUGUGUGUGUGUGUGUGUGUGUGUGUGUGUGUGUGUGUGUGUGUGUGUGUGUGUGUGUGUGUUUACGUGUGUGUGUUUACGUGUGUGUGUGUGUGUGUGUGUGUGUGUGUGUGUGUGUGUGUGUGUGUGUGUGUGUGUGUGUGUGUGUGUGGUCUCUGAAAGCAUCACCCAGCAGACUGGUGUUUACAUCCCUGUGUGUUAAGGGCCGGUGGAACCGGAUCAGCUCCGGUUCUGACUCGUUUACUGGUGAGUUCUGCAGAACCUUCAUCACCAUUAAAAGAUCCAUCAGUGGUUCAGUCAGAAAUAAGUAGGCUUCUUCCCAAAUGGACAGAAUUUAUUCCUGUUCAGGAGUUGAGGAUUACGUCUUCACUAAUCCGUUUCAUCACAACCCGAUUUUCCUGGUUUGUGGAAAAUUUUCCUCCAGAAUUAGAAGCAGAAUCUUGUCAGAUCAGGUGACCAACACAACUCCAACAUCUCAAAUCCAAUCUGGAACGUUGAUCCAAAGAAUGUAACUGGGAUUAAAACUUCCUUUUACGUUUCAGCCGUUUGAGAGAAUUUCAGAGUAAAAUCUGUCUGUGCUUUUAUUUUGUGUCUAACGAACAGGGCCGAGAAGAAAGAUUCAUCCAGGUCUAAACCAGGAACCGCAGUCUAAAAGUUGGAUGUUGAAGAUGUUUUUAUGGAAUAAAAUCUGAUUUUGGAGUCGAGGACAGAAGUCCAAUGGAAAAAAAAACCCUCAGAUCUGUUUCUGUAGCUUCAUCUCUGACACGCCCCCGAACCUUCACACGCCCACUCAGAAUCUGAACUGUUUUGUUUCCCGCUCCUGAUGUUUCUGUCACUGAGCUUCACUUCACCUCCAACUCCACACAAGGAAGCCUUCCAGACCAGGAGCUGUAGGGAAUGACGAGGCGUGCCUGCAGACCGGCUCAGCGCUGAGCCCGCGUGUCGUUAGGGGGGUGAAGGCUGGAUCCGGUGCAAUAUCUGUGUUUUUAAUCGUGGUGAAAGCAUGAUGUCAUCGUUGAUUUCAGCAUUAAUAAAUGUUUUUUAUCAACUCA